GUUAUUGUUUUGACAAUUUGACUUGUGUGACUGAAUUUUUAUUCUAUUUUUUCUUUGUAGUAAGUUGUAUUUUCUUAAUGGCACAAAAAAGGGAUCCAGCUUGGGCAUAUGGAAUUGCCAUGGGAAGUAACACAAAAAUCAAAUGUGUUUUUUGUGAUAUGACAUAUAAUGGCGGAAUAUUUUGUCACAAGAAGCAUCUUAUUGGUGGUUAUAAAGAUGUUAAGUGUGUCCAAAGGUCCCGAAUAGUGUGAAGGAAGAAAUAAAAGAGUAUUUUACGAAAAAAAAGAAUUUAAAACUCAAAUGAAUCCUGAAGCAUCCAUGGUUAAUCUUGUUGAUGAUGAUGUAAUGGAUGAUGAAGUUGAAGUGAAUAUGCCAAUGGGGCCUCCCUCAAAAAAGAAACCUUCAACUAGUGAAAGUGGGUCAUCCACCGCUAGCAAUGUCAAAGGUCCUCUUAAUCUCUAUUUCUCCCAAAAACCAAAUAAAAAGAGAAAAGGUGGACCUAUUGAUCUAAAGGCUUCUAGCAAGAUUUUACGGGAUCGUGCUGUAUCUGCUUUUGCUAGGUGGAUGUAUGAUGCAGGAUUGCCUUUCAAUUGUGUUAACUACACCGAAAGUUUUGGUGAAUUCAUUGAGGCAGUAGGCCAAUAUGGCCCUGUAAUGAAGCCCCCCACCUAUCAUGAGGUAAGAGUUUCUUGUUUAAAAAAAGAGGUGGAAAAGACAAACAAAAUUGUAGAAGAUCACAAGGUUCAAUGGAAAACAUAUGGUUGUUCCAUUAUGAUGGAUAAAUGGACAGCAAGGAAUGCGAAAAUAUCAUCAAUGUUUUGGUGAAUUCUUCAAAAGGGAGUGUGUUCCUUGAUUCUCAUGAUGCUAGUGACUCUUCUAUUGAUUCUAAUAAGAUGUUUAACUUGUUUGAGAAGACUAUCUUGAAAAUAGGCAAGGAAAAUGUGGUACAAGUUGUGACUGAUAAUGCAAGUGAGAACAAAAAAGCGGGUGACAUGUUGAAGGGAGUGUUCCCGCAUAUUUUCUGGACUCCUUGUGCUGCUCACUGUAUCAACUUGACGUUUGGUGACAUUUUCAAAGAGGCCCCGUAUUCUACAGGUGAACUUGAGUCUUGAUAUUUAAUGUUCUUUUUUAAUCUUCAUGUUAGUUUUCUUACUUAUUAACUAUUAAAUUUUUUUGAAUAUUUUUUGGUAAGGCUCUUAAGAUACAUUCUUAUAUCAGUCAAAGGGCACUGUUGUUGAAUAUGAUGAGGAGAUACACAAAGCAAAGAAACUUGGUAAAACCUGCUAAGACAAGAUUCGCAAUAGCUUUUUUGACAUUGCAUAGUUUUUAUAUGCAAAAGAAAAAUCUGAGAACCUUGUUUAUGUCCACUGAAUGGAAUGAAAGUGUCUAUGCAAAGGAAACUCUUGGGAAAGAAGUUGCGAGACACAUCAUAGUCCAUAUUUUUGGAAUGACACUGUUCAAGCACUUAGAGUUGGUGGUCCUUUAGUUAAUGUACUUCGUAUGGUGGAUGGGGAGAAAAAACCACCAAUGAGCUACAUUUAUGAAGCCAUGGAUAGGGACAAAGAAAGUAUUGAAAAAGCAUUCAUUUAUGAUGAAAGGAAAUAUAUGAAUGUUUUCAAAAUCAUUGAUGCAAGGUGGACGGAUCAACUUCAUCAACCUUUACAUGCAGCUGGACAUAUUUUGAACCCGGGGCUCUAUUAUAAAAAUAAUGAGAUGAAGACUUUAACUGAAGAAGUGUGGUUGGGAUAUCAUGCAUGUGUUGAGAGGAUGAUCCUAGAUAAAACUUUGCAAGACAAAAUAGGGGAUGAGCUUGGUGUGUACAUGAAAGUUGAUGGGCUACUUGAAAUUGAGUCGGCCAUUAGAGCUAGAACCUUAAGGUCACUAGUUGAAUGGUGGAUGCAAUAUGGUCAUAAUGUCCCAAACUUGCAACAAUUUGCUAUUAGAGUGCAAAGUUUAACUUGUAGCUCAUCCGGUUGCGAGAGAAAUUGGAGUGUGUAUGAACAUAUUCAUACUAAAAAGAGAAACAGGCUUGAGUUAAAACGCCUGAAUGAUCUAGUGUUCAUCAAAUAUAAUAGAACAUUGGUACGUCGCUACAAUGCUCGCAAUACCAUUGAUCCAAUUUUGUUGGAUAAUAUUGAUGAUGCAAAUGAAUGGUUAACUGGAGCACUCCAAAAUCAUGAAGAUGAAGAAGUAUAUGAAGGAGAAGGUCUCACUUAUGGUGAUGUUGCUACGGCUAGUGGUGUGGAGGAGAAUAUUUAUGGUUUUAGGGGGAGUACUUUAAGGGGAAAGGAAAAAAGAGUAGCUACAGGUUCAAGUUCAUAUUCAAAUAGAAGUAGAACUCUUGUUGAGGAGUCCUCCGAUGAGGAAGAAGAUGAGGACCAAGUAGAAGUAGAACCCUUGUUGAUGGCAAUUCAAGAGUUUGAGGAUCUUGUUGAAGAAUAGGAUUUUGCUCUCUUUGUGAUUUGGUUAUGCAUUUGCUUUAUAUGUUGUUACUUAUGAGGAUUAUUGACUAUCUAGUUACUUUUUAAUCUAAGUCUUUUGAGUUCUUGAUUAUUUAUCUAUGCAUAUUUUAUAUUUUAUAUUUAUAUA